GAAGAGUUGGAGGUCGCCCGGCUCAUCAAAGACAUCUUCAGCCUGAAAGCCAAGAAGUACAUGAUCAUCUUGUUCACCCGCAAAGAAGACCUGGAGGGACGCUCUCUUCACGACCUGCUGUCCUCCAACGACAACGACGUCAGCUUGGCGCUCCUGCGGUCGCAAAUUCAGAGUUGCGGGAACCGGUGCCUGGCUUUUAACAACAGGGCGGUCGGGUCGGAACGCUGGGCUCAGGCGGAUGAACUGAUCCGGAUGGUGGACGAGCUCGCACGGAAGAACGAGCCGAUGCCGUACUACACCAAAGACAUGUUGGAGGCGGACCAAAAGAGCUGGCCGUGGUGGCCAUGUUCCCUCCUGUGAUACGGAGCGUC